AUGCGGCAAACGCUAUUUGGAACUAAAAAUUAUGACCCAGAAAAUGUUGAGUGCAGGUACUUCGCAAAGGCUGCGAUGGCUUUUUGCGCACUGACCGCCGUAACUGCUCUUUCAAUUGCGCUAUACCAUGGGAUAAUGAUCUUUGAUAUUCCAAAUAUAUCUGAAGUGGGAACGUACUGGAUUGUUAUGUUCUACAAAUUCAUGAUACUUGUCUGCACUAAACUGAAUGUGUCAGAUUACCACCAGUUGCAAUGUUCUAUAAAAGAAGAUUUUUUAUAUGCUUGUACUAAAGGAGAAAAGUACCGGAAAAAGUUCUUUUAUAAUCAAAUAUUCACACGGAAGAUUUGCAAAUUCACUAUGGCUUUUACAAGUGGAGUUGGUACAGGCAUGACGGCUUUUAGUAUAUUCACCUUGAUAUUUUUCAUGGCUACACAUGAGCCAGGAGAAGGGAAACGACCGCUCUUAUUUCCUAUUUGGGUCUUCAGUGUAGAUUUAGGGGCAACACCAAUUUAUGAAAUAGCCUUCGUGUAUAGCUUUUUCUGUAUAUUAUUUACUACUCUUAAUUAUACUUUUAUGAUUGUAACGGAAAUAAUGUGGAUAAGAGAAAUUGCGACUAAAGCUGAUAUUAUUAUUUGGUCCCUUGAGGAUCUUAUGAACGGUAUACGACCUACUCAAGAUAAAAACGAGCGAGCAAUUUUUGAUGCAACAUUAAAGCAUCGUUUAAGAGACAUUGUACAACAUCAUCAGUCUAUGAACAAG